AACCCAACACUACUAAUCUUACAAAUCAUUCAUCAUCCUCUCUCUCUCUCUUUCUCUCUCUCUCUCAAGCAACCUCCUUUUUCUACUAUUCUUCCACCUCACCACUUCCUUUACCGCCAAUACACCAAACCCAGCUCUACUUUCCCUCUAAAUAUUAAUCCUUUUCCCUUUAACACUCUUUGUUUCAUUGAAGCAGAUGACUCGGCUUUUCCGAUCCAAAUCUUGCGGUCUCGUGGGACUCACAGAUUUCAACAUGGCCCCUCCUUCUAGUCCAUUCUUCAAUAAUAACAACGAGGACGACGAUGAGGAUGAAGACGACGACGAAGGAGGAGGAGGAGGAGGAGGAGUAGAUAAAGAAUUUGAAGAGGAGGGGGAUGAGGAUGAGGAUGAGGUUUUGGAUAACCCCAUGUCCACCCCAUUUAUCAGUACCGGGUCUAGAGAUAGUGGAAGCAAUCAAGGUCGACAUUUUCAUGCACAUGGUCAACACAACCAGUCUCCCAUACUGGAUGUUUUGGUGGGGGCUCUGAGGAAGUCUCUGGUUACGUGCAGCGUGGAGAGGGAGGACGUUGCUUCUUCCCUGGAUAUCAGCUGGCCUACCGAGGUGAGGCAUGUUUCCCAUGUGACGUUUGAUAGGUUCAACGGGUUUCUGGGUUUGCCCAGGGAACUCGAGCCUGAGGUACCCAGAAGAGUGCCUAGUGCCAGUGUAAGCGUGUUUGGCGUUUCUGCCCAGUCAAUGCAGUGUUCCUAUGAUCACAGAGGAAACAGUGUUCCUACAAUUCUGCUCAUGAUGCAAAAGCGGUUGUAUUCAGGAGGAGGCCUUCAGGCAGAAGGUAUAUUCCGAAUCAAUGCUGAUAAUAGCCAAGAAGAACGUGUUCGUGACCAAUUAAACAGGGGUGUGGUGCCACAUGGAAUUGAUGUUCAUUGUUUAGCUGGUUUAAUAAAGGCAUGGUUCAGAGAACUUCCUACAGGAGUACUUGAUUCUCUCACACCAGAACAGGUGAUGCACUGCAAUACAGAAGAUGAGUGUGCAAAGCUUGUAAUGUCACUUCCUUCUAUAAAUGCUGCAUUGCUUGAUUGGGCCGUAAAUUUGAUGGCAGAUGUUGUGCAGCACGAACAGUUCAACAAGAUGAAUGCACGCAACAUUGCCAUGGUUUUUGCACCCAACAUGACUCAGAUGGCUGAUCCUCUGACUGCAUUGAUUCAUGCAGUGCAAGUUAUGAACUUCCUCAAGACGCUGAUUUUAAAGGUCCUGAGGGAGAGGGAGGAAUCUGAUACCAAGCCAAGCCUACUGUCAACAUGCUCAAAAUCUUUCAACCACAAGAGCGGCCCCAUUACUUCGGAUUCAAAUAAGGCCAAAACCAGCAAGCAAAGUUCAGAUGCUUGUGCAACAAGUAAACCUGCCAAUGGUAACUCAUUGAGAGCUGAAACUUUGGACUGCCAAGAAGGCGACAUUGAUGAAAAACUUUGGUGCUCUCAAAUAAAGAGCGAUGAAGAAAAUAAUGGAGAAUCCAGUUCAGGUAGCAGCACACCUGAAAAGUAUGCAAUGGCAGAAAAUGAAUGUAGAGGCGGAUAUGAAAGUGGGGAGUGGCGAAGUUUGAGGGAAGGAGUUCGGAAGCUAUGCAGGCAUCCUGUGUUUCAGUUGAGUAAACCUGCUAAUAAGAAGACUGCAAGCCUUGGGAUUGUAAAUACUCGGGGAGGAGGCGGAGAAGCUUGGGCAUAGCAUGACACUGCUGACAAGGUUGCAUGGGUUUAUAUUUGGUAUGAGUCUGAUGUCGUUGAGCACUCUUGUUGUAUUAGAUAUGUCUGUGGUUUUUUUUUUUUUGGUUGGUUUGUGUAGUAAAUCAGAUGUAAGUGUGUCAAAAAUGUUUGGAUAAUUACUAACUAGAUGUCCAGUGAAAUGGUAUAUAGCAAGACUCUCUAAGGAACAAAGUUUUUCUUUUUUUGGUAUGAUUUAGUUCUCAACUUUGUUGUCGCUUAAUAAUAACAGUGUUUGGAGAUUUUUCUUUCGAAAGAAAUGAGGAUUGGAUCCCGUGAAAUUUUCUGAA